AUGGAAAGUACAGAAACAACAGUUGAAGGAAAUGUUGAUGAAGAUAAAAUAAAGUCAAUUUUAAAACCAUUGUCAGAAAGAAAACGACGCGCAAUAUUAAGGUACAUAAACAAACAAGAAAAAAUAACUGAUGUAACAAUAUCAAAUAUAGAAGAUAUAUUACUGGAAAUGGACAACAUUAAUAUCAAUGAUUCUAAUAACAGCCUUUCUAGUUUUGCUGAUAGUUCUUCUGAUGAAGAGAAUGAUUUUAAAGAGGAGAAAUAA